GAUUAUUGAGUUGUAUUAUUGUUUUAGUAAGUUAACUAAGUUUUCUGUUAUUACUCUUAGAACCUUUUUUUGUCGCAGUGAUAUUUAAAAACAGUCGGGGGCAGUCACUGACACUGAAGAACCUCCACAGUCGUACUUUGACUCUUGCGGUCGUCGGUCGUUCGUUAGUUGCCGCUUUCGAAUAAGUUUUAUAUGGCAAUUGCCAUUUUUGGCGCAACAGGACGGCUAUAUGGCCUUUGGGAGACGCACCUUAAAAGUGCGCCCGGAUCGCCUGGGUCGCGUAACCUUUAAUGGGGGAAACGCCAUGGGCCCGGGCCUUUGAAGCUCUCUCAAAUUGGCAACCGGUUGGCUCCCAGUGAAUGUCUUUCUGAAUUUCUGUGUGUCUGCUGCAAAGCCUCUUUGUGUCAGUCGUGUGUCAUUAGCAUCCGCCAACUGAGCUCCCAGUGUGUCAAAAGAUUUGAACUUUAAAGUGCUCAGGUGCUGAAGAGGCCCACAGACGAAAAGUAGACAGCAGACACUCGGACUGCCAGUCAGUCAGUCGGUCUUUGAAUGUACUGUGAAAAAAUAGUGUAAUUAAGUUCGUGGACGAUUCGUACGUGGCUAAUUGCCAACAUCAUUGAAAAAGAAGACCAACACAAAAAAAACAUAUGUAUAUAAAAGACAAUUGGGAAAAAUAAAAACAAACAAAAUAAGAUACAGUUUGCAGCGAAAAACCCAUUAAAAUGUGUAAAUAUGUAAUGUGCGUACACGAGUGAGCGACUAUUUGCCGAGUGAUAUCUGACUUUUUGCAACAAAAGUAACUGCGAUGGAGUCUUUUAUUAUUAUUAUUGUGACGCUGCUCACAAUUGUCACACAACAACUGAACAAAUGUGCGGCCGUCGAUGUUUAUUUUCCCAGCACAUCGGUGAAAUUUAAUCUGCCCAUCAACGAGAAGUCGGAGAGCAUCUUCUCAAAGAUUCCGCUGGCCCAGUUCCAAGUGCUGCGAAUGGAAAGCAACCUGUUGGCCAGUGAUUACUUGUAUAGCCUAGAGGACAAUCCCCUGCUGCGGAUCAAUAGUUCCACCGGCGAGAUAUAUAUGCGCACGGAUUAUAUCACCCCGAAUUCGAGUGUCAAGUAUGUGGUGACCGCCUUUCCCAGGGAUCAACGGGAUCAUGAACUGCUGCCCGUCUCGCAUCUUACGUUGGAGGUCACACCCCAAUCGCUGGAGGAUUACUGCUCGGAACUGGAGCACAUUUGCUUCUGGAGCAGUGCUGAUUACAGUAUAGCCGAGUCGCAGGGUCAAUAUCGUCGUAGGGAUUUCUUUGAACCCGUACUUAUAGGAGCCCUUAAUUCCCGGGGCGCCAAGUAUCUGUGUCCUAAUGUAUCCCUGGAUUACUCCCUCAAUGCCGGCAGCUCUCACUUCGUUCUCAAGCAAAACCGCCUGUACACCCGUCAACCCCUAGAUCACGAUGAGCUCAAUGGCCUGAACGCCAAGGCGGGACAGCUGCAGGCCAGGAUUACCUGUACGAUUAAAUUAUCUAGCCGUGAUCAGAGGAAAUUCUCCCGCAGCUUCGAUAUUAAGUUACUCGAUCGCAAUGACAACGGACCCAAAUUGCAGGAGAGCGAUUCGAGAUUUGAGUUCUACCUGGAGCAGCCCUACUUUCAAGCGGACGAGGAGGCGGGGAAGAAAAUCAUCUACGUGGACAAGGAUACGCUGGCGGCAAAUGCUCACAUGGUCUAUGCCGUGCACAAUGACACCAAUGGGUUGUUCCGGACGGAUUGCCACGCCUACGAAGCGGAUCACACGGGCAGGCCUCAUACCAUCAUCAGUUGUCAACUUCGAUUCUCCCGGAGCGGCGUUUUUCGGGAAACCCCCUACUGCGUUUCACUGGAAGCUCGGGAUCUGACCGUUGAAAACCAUAACGAUGCCAUGUCAGCCACGGCGUACAUUUGUUUCCAUAUAGACCUGAGUAACCUUCACGAAACCGACCAAGAAUUGCCCCAAGCUCUGCCCCUCCGAUCACGUCAGCAUCGUAUCUUUGAGGGUGAAGAUUUCAAUGGUGAUUCUUCGGGCAGGGGCCUGGUUCCCUUGAGCGUGGAUUACGAAAAGGACGUUUCCGUAUUUCGGACCGCUGCCUCCUAUUAUCGGGUAGUCCAACCGGAAAGUUUUCUAGAAUUAAUGAGGUCUCGUUCUAUACGAUUCGAAAUAGUGGAAGAUAAAAUUGGAGCUUUUGGUAUUACCUCGACAUCGGGUAUUGUCUUUGUGAAGAACCCCCAGGCUUUGGAGGAGGCGCCUGAAACCAUAUACUUCUUGAAUGUCACCUGGAUAGAUCAGCAACGUCUCUCGCAUGUUCGAGUGAUCAAUGUCCAUCUGAUUCAUGGUAGACCCGAGAACACCAGCUGCGAACUGAAGAUCAAAUCUCGAUCACAAUCUUGUGCCCAGGUCAAAUUCCAAACGCAGUGCAAUCGAUUUUGUGGCUUGGCAACUGGUGGCGGAUCUUGUCAGUGGAGGGGAACCAAUUCGGCGAUGUUCAGUACUAGAUAUGGAUCCUGCGUGCCCGAGUCCCAAUAUUGUCCCGAUCAUGUGUGCGAUCCCUUGGAGGAACUGCAUCCCAUGGCCUGUCCGCAGGAUUGCACGCCAGCUGGCAAAAUAAUGGGUCCGCAUUCGAGUAAUGAGAAUAAGAAGGGGAUCUACAGUGCCUCGGGUACGUGCAUAUGCGAGGAUAAUGGCAAGUGUUCGUGUGCUCCGUUGGAUGAGGAGCCCAGGAUUAAGAAGCCCCGCAAACGGAAGAAUGAAACGGAGGCGGAACCGCUGCUGGGCGGACGGAAAGGUACUGCGACCGAUCAAUCCCUUCAGGAUCCUUUGCUCAUGGGUGUCCUAAAUGUGGCUGGCUUCGAGUGCGAUCGCUCUUGCAUGUUCUUCGUAAUUAGUUGCCCUCUGGUCUUCGUUCUCCUGCUUCUCUGCCUACUAAUUGUCCAGCGGAAGAUGCUCCAACGUCGCCUGGGCAAGCAAUCGAUGACCCCAUCCGACAAACAGGCUCUUCCGGAAUCGGGAGACGGAGAUCUCGCCCUGAUGCCGCUGCAAAGUGGUUUCAAGUUCGAAAGUGGCGAUGCCAAGUGGGAAUUUCCCAGGGACAAGCUGCAAUUGGAUACGGUCUUGGGAGAGGGUGAAUUCGGCCAGGUUCUGAAAGGCUAUGCCACAGAGAUCGCUGGCCUGCCGGGAAUAACCACCGUGGCUGUGAAGAUGCUGAAGAAGGGCGCCAAUUCCGUGGAGUACAUGGCACUGCUCUCGGAAUUCCAGCUCCUGCAGGAGGUGUCCCAUCCCAAUGUGAUCAAGUUGCUGGGCGCUUGCACCUCCUCGGAGGCUCCUCUCCUGAUCAUCGAGUAUGCCCGAUAUGGUUCGUUGAGGAGCUAUCUUCGCCUCAGCCGGAAGAUCGAGUGCGCCGGGGUGGAUUUCGCUGAUGGAGUGGAGCCUGUGAAUGUGAAGAUGGUUCUUACCUUCGCCUGGCAGAUCUGCAAGGGUAUGGCCUAUCUUACGGAACUUAAGUUGGUUCAUCGCGAUUUGGCCGCUAGAAAUGUUCUCCUGGCAGAUGGCAAAAUAUGCAAGAUCUCCGAUUUUGGACUAACCAGAGAUGUUUACGAGGAUGACGCUUAUUUAAAACGGUCUCGAGAUCGUGUUCCCGUCAAGUGGAUGGCUCCUGAAUCUCUGGCGGAUCAUGUAUAUACCAGCAAGUCGGAUGUGUGGUCCUUUGGCGUUCUCUGCUGGGAACUGAUCACCCUGGGAGCCUCUCCAUAUCCUGGCAUUGCUCCACAGAACCUGUGGUCUCUGCUGAAGACGGGUUACCGCAUGGACAGACCGGAAAAUUGUUCGGAGGCUGUUUACUCCAUAGUUCGUACCUGCUGGUCAGAUGAGCCGAAUGGCAGGCCCUCUUUUAAAUUCCUGGCCUCGGAAUUCGAGAAGCUAUUGGGCAACAAUGCCAAGUACAUAGAUCUGGAGACGAAUGCCGUUUCCAAUCCGCUUUAUUGUGGUGAUGAGUCGGCCCUGAUGACGACUGAAUUCGGUGAACCGGAUUCGUUGCAGCACCUUUGGUCACCACCCAAGAUAGCCUAUGACAUCCAUGACCAGGGCACCAGUUACGAUCAGUCGGAGGAAGAGGUGCCAGUGACUUCGACAGCCCCACCUGGUUACGAUCUCCCACGACCUCUGAUCGAUGCCACCGCCAAAGAGCAGGUUCUGCGUUACGAAAACGAUUUGAGAUUCCCCUUGAAUAUUCGAAAAUCCAGUUGCACGCCAAGUUACAGCAACAUGACCAACGGAUCUCCAGCGGCCACCUCAUUGCCACACUAUUCCGUUCCUGUGAAGAGGGGUCGCUCCUAUCUGGAUAUGACCAACAAAAGUCUCAUCCCAGACAAUCUGGACAGCAGGGAGUUUGAGAAGCAUCUCUCCAAGACCAUCUCGUUUCGCUUCUCUAGUUUGCUGAAUCUCAAGGAAACGGCGGAGGCGAUUCCAGGACAGCAAGCCGAGGAUGCUGUCUAGAUUCCAUGUUACAAUUACCUUUCCCAUCUGUGUAUAGUUUCCCCCCCAACCACUGAGUUCCGAGUUCUUGUCCCUCAUCUGCGCCUGUUUUUCAGUUCAAACUGUUUGUUGAUUAGUUUUAGUUUAACAUUUAGUCUCUUAGCUUUAUGCUGAUGCCAAAUAUGGAUUGUAAAAGGACCGAAUUAGCAUUCGAAUACUCCCAUGCAUUUAUAAAAGAAUUUACUUAGCCAAAGACAAACUUAGUGCUAUCGGCGAUACAUUCCAGCCAUCAUUCCAAAAAAACAAGCCGUUUCGGAUAACAAUUUUAUAAGCACUCCGCACUUAAGCCAUGUGUUUUGUACAAACUUUAUCCAAAUUUGUUUCACAUUUUAUAAAUUGUAUACUUGUGCUUU